CAUCCCCACGCGGCGGCAGCUACCGUCUAAUAAACACACUCUCCGUCGCUGUCUACUAACCAUCAUGUCCGCAAUGGACGAAAGCCGAGACUACGACACCCGCGAUCGUCGAGACAGUCGCGACGAUUACGACCGCCGGGGCGACCAUGACGACAGGGAGCACGGGCGGCGCGACCGGGACCGCAGCCGGAGCCGUGAGCGCGAGCGUGAGCGCCGCAACAGCCGUCGUGAGCGCGACAGGGACGACGACCGUGAACGCCACCGUUCCCGUUCACGAUCUCGCUCGCCUCACCGCCGCACACGUUCGCGCUCCCGCGAUCGUGACCGCGACCGUGACCAGGACCGCGACCAUGACCGUAAGCGCGACCGCGAUCGCGGGCGACGCCCCUCUCAUUCGCACUCGCACCGAGAGGACGACCUCUACCGUCCAGCCUCGGCACGUUCAGAAUCGCGCUCUCGGGACCGCGACCGUGACCGCGACCAGGACCGCGAGAGGCGACGAGAUGACCGGGACCGACGCGACCGCGACCGUGAUCGUAACCGUGACCAUGACCGUGACCGCCCGCCUCGCCGGCGGUGGGGGUCAAUGUCCAGCUCGCAGCCCGUGUUCCACAGCGAAGGCGGGCCCAUGAACGCGCCACCAGCCGAGGCUGAGGCACAUGCCCGCGUCAGCCGCCGCGAGAACCGCCUGUACGUCGGCAACCUCAAGUACGAAGUCACAUACAAGGAUCUCGAGCGCUUUAUGCGUCAAGGUACGUCCCUGGUCAUGUCAUGUGGACGUGCAGAUUGCGAGAAGGAGACGGGCUGCGGUCAAGUCAGCUGGAGAGUGCGCAAGCUAUGCGUCAAACUGCCGGCUCGCCCAAGUCCCAGCGAGCUUUCAGGUCUGAGUGCGAGUCCGAGUCCGAGCGUCGAUACCCGCCGAAUCGAGAUCAUGGAACAUGGCCACCGGGCUGGAGGCGAGCGGGAGGCAUGUGCUGGAUCAGGCGGCGGUAUCGAGAUGGGAGAAGGGGGUCUAAGGUCUGGGACUGGGAGAAGGAGAGGACGGACAGGGAAAGAGCGAGGGACUCGGAUCGCAGAAGGACUGGAAGGGCUGGGACUGGCAGUUGGCUUGGAUGGCAUCUUGAUUGCGUCAAAGGAGCAGGAGCACCCGUGCUUGGCAGCGAUAUGACCGAGGCCACUACUAUCCUUCAUACACAUGAAUGAUCAGCACCAUUAACGCUCUCAGCUGGCGG